CCUCGUAUUUGCUUCUUCGUAUAUAAGCUCGUCUCGUUCCUAUGAGAAUCAUUCUUCGGUUGGAAGUACUUUAGUCCGUACGCAAUGGCUGCUAAGUUUGUCGUAGUGUUCGCGCUGGCGGUGGCCGCCCAGGCGUCAGUGGUGCCCGUGGGCGUCGCGCGCGCAGACGACUACACCAGCUUCGCGUACGACGUGGCCGACCCCAACACCGGCGACUACAAGAGCCAAGUGGAGACGCGCGUCGGCGGCGUCGUGCAGGGCCAGUAUUCGCUGUUGGACGCUGAUGGCACCAAGCGCACCGUAGAUUAUGCCGCUGAUGAUGUCAAUGGUUUCAACGCUGUCGUGCGCAAGGACCCUGUUGCUGUCGCUGCGCCCGUUGUGAGCGCGCCAGUAUUCGAAGCCGCUCCCGCUGUGGUUGCCGCGCGCACUGUCGCUGCUCCCGCAGUGUACUCCGCUGCUCCCGCUGUGUACUCCGCUGCUCCCGUUGUUGCCGCGCGCAGUGUCUCCGCCCCUGCCGUAUAUUCCGCUCCUGUGUAUGCUGCACGCACUGUUGCCGCUCCAGCUGUGUACUCCGGCCCUGUAGUGGCCGCACGUACGGUUGCUGCUCCCUCCGUGUACUCGACCGGUGUGGUUGCUUCAGGGCCUGCUGUAUACGCCGCUAGUGCCCCCGUGGUAGCCACCCGCACCGUCGGCGUCGCCGCACCGCACCUCUACUCCGCCCCCGUCGUCGCCCGCUACGCCGCACCCUCCGUAUACAGCUCUUACUACGGCACCCCUUACACAUACGGCGCGUACGCUUCCCCGGUAGCUCAAUGGUAACUUUAACGAAACCUUGUUUCAAGGUUCCUUAGCCAUAAACCACGACGUGUUCUUCGUAAUGUAAAUAACUUAUACGACUUUGUACAUAUAAUAUGCGGUAUGUAUGCGAAAUACAAACGUUUUAUACUUAAAAA